AUGUCACCUCAGCUGAACGAUAACUCCACCACAGACAACAUCGUCUUCAACUCAAAUAAUACCAUCAGCGUGAAUGACACUGAUGCCCAACCACCAGGAGCCCCCUCGGUGAGUCAUUCACAGAGCAGUGCUUCUACAAAUGCACCCACUACGAAAAAUGAAUCCUGUCUGAAUACUGAAGGAUGGACAUUUGGAGCCUCAGUGAAAUACACCUGUGAUGACGACUUUGUCUGGUGUUCUGAUCCGGGAGCUAUGGAGAAUUGUUGCAAGUGCAAGGCUUCGUGUUGCAGCUACUGUAAGACCCGUAAUCACGCCCAAGAUCCAUACCGACCAUGUCAAUAUAAACCUUCAAUGCGACCAACAAGCGUCAGUAUGCCAAUAAGCCUCUUCAGUGAAGAUGAGAUUCCUCCUAGUGAAAAUAAGAUUGGCCGACUUGAGCUUGGCCUUAUUAUUGGAGCAUCUGCAUUUAUUUUACUUUUAAUCCUCGUAACGGUAAUGAUUCGAACCAAUGUCCGGCAACGACGAGAGAUAUUAAAUCUAAGAAGGACGAUGGCGGAACGACGAAGAAAUUCUCCAUCAUCAGACAAUUCAGAUGAUGAGGUUUCCUCGGCACGAGACAACAGGAUACGAUUGAGCUUCUUCUUUGACACAGUCCUACCGGACAAGAGUAAUGCGAAUGCCGUCAGUCUUCGAUCCUUUCGUGAUGUCAUGGAAGCAAGUGAAAACGAUACCCACUCGGCCACCACGACCCGAAAAUCCAUGAACGAAACCGGGCCCGAAGAAGGCCCACAAGUCAUCAAGCGACAACAAUCCAAUUCGAGUGCAUCGACUUCGAUUCCGGACCUUCGGAAGACGCUGUCUUUACCGAAACGAUCACAGCGAUCUCUCCGUAAUGUAUUCUCCUCCUGGCGCAAGCAAUCUAGCGAUGACGAAUGCUCCAUAUGCUUAGAAUGCUAUAAACCAGGGGAAGCGAUUUGCGUCGCGAAAGCAGAUACAUGCAAUCAUGUGUUUCACAAGGCUUGUUUGGUGGAGUGGCUCAAGAAUCAUGACUGUUGUCCAUUGUGCCGGGUGAACCUACUUUUGGAAAUGAAAAAGUAA